UCGCGUUCGAGCGCGCAAGGGCGCUUACCUGCGAUUCACAACUUUGAUUUUGAUUUUGAAUCCUAAAUUUUAUUAUUUUAUCUCCUUACAGUUAGUUAAUCCAACGUUUAAUCAUGGAGAAACCACAAAAAAUGCCCAAGGUGGCUAAGGUGAAAAACAAAGCGCCGGCUGAAAUUCAAAUCACAGCUGAGCAGCUUUUGCGUGAAGCCAAAGAAAGAGACCUUGAAAUAGUGCCACCUCCUCCAAAACAAAAAAUCUCAGAUCCAGAGGAAUUAGCUGACUAUCAACACAGGAAAAGGCGUGCCUUUGAAGAUAACAUAAGAAAGAACCGAUCAGUCAUAAGCAAUUGGAUCAAAUAUGCUCAGUGGGAGGAAAGUCAGAAGGAAGUUCAAAGAGCAAGAUCAAUUUAUGAAAGAGCCCUAUGUGAUUUUCAUCGAAGCAUUUUAUUAUGGCUUAAAUAUGCUGAGAUGGAAAUGCGAAAUCGGCAAGUCAAUCAUGCUCGCAAUCUUUGGGACCGUGCUGUCACAAUACUGCCGCGUGCUAAUCAGUUUUGGUACAAGUAUACUUACAUGGAAGAACAACUUGGAAAUAUUGCAGGCGCUCGGCAGGUGUUUGAGCGGUGGAUGGAAUGGGAACCAGAUGAGCAAGCGUGGCUGACCUAUAUCAAAUUUGAGCUUCGUUAUGGUGAAAUUGAUAGAGCUCGAAUGAUCUAUAACAAGUUUGUAAUGGUACAUCCUGAUGUUAAAAAUUGGAUCAAGUAUGCGAGGUUCGAAGAAAAAAAUGGCUUCAUAUCUGGAGCCAGGCAGGUGUAUGAAAGAGCAGUAGAAUUUUUUGGUGAAGAGAUUCUAGAUGAGAAGCUAUUCAUUGCCUUUGCUAAAUUUGAAGAAGGACAAAAAGAACAUGAUCGUGCGAGAGUGAUAUACAAGUAUGCCCUUGACCAUAUUGCCAAGGAGAGGACACAUGAAAUUUAUAAAGCCUACACUAUACAUGAAAAGAAGUACGGUGAUCGAACAGGAAUCGAGGAUGUCAUUGCGAGUAAAAGAAAAUUUCAAUAUGAAGAGGAAGUUAAAGCAAACCCUACAAAUUAUGAUGCAUGGUUUGAUUAUCUACGGCUAGUUGAAGAUGAAGGAAAUUUAGACACCAUUAGGGAAACUUAUGAACGGGCCAUAGCAAACGUUCCAUUAACCAAGGAUAAACAUUUCUGGCGAAGGUAUAUUUAUUUAUGGAUAAACUAUGCCCUCUUUGAAGAACUCGAAGCGGAAGAUGAAGAAAGAACACGGCAGGUGUAUCGUGCUUGUUUAGAGUUGUUACCACAUAAAGUUUUCACCUUUAGCAAGAUAUGGCUUUUAUACGCUCAGUUCGAAAUCAGGCAUAAAAAUUUGUCUGCAGCCAGGAAAACUUUGGGAAUGGGACUAGGAAUUUGUCCCAAAAAUAAACUAUUUAGAGGAUACAUUGACCUAGAAAUUCAACUGAGAGAAUUCGAUAGAAGUAGGAUUUUAUAUCAAAAAUUUCUAGAGUUUGGCCCGGAAAAUUGUAUAACCUGGAUGAGGUUCGCAGAAUUAGAGACAAUUUUGGGAGAUAUUGUAAGAGCUCGAGCCAUUUAUGAACUAGCCAUUAACCAACCACGCUUGGACAUGCCAGAACUCCUGUGGAAAGCGUACAUAGAUUUUGAAAUUGGACAAGAAGAAAUAGAAAAUGCUAGGCAAUUAUAUGAGCGGUUAUUAGAACGAACUAUGCAUGUGAAGGUGUGGAUAAGUUACGCUCAAUUUGAAAUGGCGAACGCUGACUCUGACGAUGUAUCACCAGCCAGAAGGGUAUUUGAAAGAGCCAACCAGUCUCUAAAAAUGGCAGCAGGUGAGAAAGAAGAGCGUGUCAUGUUGCUUGAAGCUUGGAGAGACUUCGAAAAACAAAACGGAGAUGAGGAAAGCUUGAAAGUUGUUGAGGAUAAAAUGCCUCGCAGAAUUAAGAAGAGGAGGAAGAUGGUCAGCGAGGAUGGAAGAGACGAAGGAUGGGAAGAAAUAUUUGACUAUAUUUUCCCUGAGGAUGAGGCAACUAAACCAAAUCUGAAACUUCUGGCCAGUGCUAAAUUAUGGAAGAAGAAACAAGAAGAAAAACAAGAUACAGAAUCUUAACUAUCGACCGCUUGUUCUCAGGGUGUAUAUAACGUGUACAUAAAUAGAAUAUGUAUAGCUGUAAGUACAUAAUUUUGUUAUGUUUUGUAAAAAAAAAAUGACUGAAUUAAUAAAAAAGAUAUGUUUUUCAAUUUCUUCUCAGAA